AAAGGUUCAAUAUAACUCCAAAACAACUACGAGAAUGGAUAAAAAAAAAACUGAAUUAAAAAGUGCACCACCCGCUGUUAAACAGUUAAAUAUUGGUGGACGAUCUAAGUAUCCACUUUUAGAAGAUGAUCUUAAAACCUGGGUUAAAUCUUUACGUUCAUGA